UUACUGUUCCUAUUUAAACCACUCCUCAUGCAUUUGCCAAGUGUAACAUUAAGACGCUUCUUGGGGUCUGCUUUUCUUUACUAUUUUUUCUCCAAAGUCAGCUGUCACCUGGCCAAGCUUUGUGAACUGGGUCUGCAGUUGCUUAGUUGUCAAGGUUUUCCCAUUUUUUUCCUAGACGAUGGUGUGUGUCAGUUGAAUGUUUUUUGAGCUCUUCUGCGAGGAAAACCAAAUAGUUUUCAAUGACAUUUGAGCUACGGUGAUAUAUUUGUGUGUGUGUGUGAGUGUCAGUCCACAGUCUUGGACAAGUUAUAUAACUUCAGCAUGCCACAGAUAUCUAUUCUAUAGCGCAAUACGUAUUUAUAGAUGUGCAUGCCUAUGUCAACAACAACAGCAACAACAACAACUACUACUACAACAAGAACAACAACAAGUACAACGUAAAGCAAAAAUGUAAAACCAUAAAUAGAGAAUCCCCACAACAAAAACUACCAACUGCAGCAGCAACAACAAAGAGCCGCUGCGUGCAGUGGCAGAAAUCAUAGCAUACCGUCAGGCGCACGUUAACUUAACAUGGUUUGCAUACUGCACGGAUAUUACGAUGCACAGCCUAAAAUGCGUUUUAGCCUCUCGCCACCGCCACAGAAAGCCAUUAGCAGUGCCCGCCUAACCUCGCCCACCGGCAACAAUAGGAGCCCCAGCAGCACCAGCACCAGCACCAGCAUCAUCACAAUGCUGGCCCGCAAUGGCGGAGGUCACGGCACCAGCCCCACCGCCUCCGGAUCCGGAUCCGGCCACGCCACCGCCGCCCCCGCUGCCGCCGACGACGAAGCCACCUCGGACUACAACCAGUGGCUGCAUGCCAUGAAGCUGGUGGCCCGCCUGCCCGGAGGCACUCCACCCGAGUUCCGACGCAAGUUGUGGCUCUCGCUGGCGGACAAGUACCUCAAGUCGAAGAACGUGGACUGGGCGCAGCAGCGCGAGAAGUGCUUCUGCGAGGAGUGGCGCGAGGACGACGAGGAGCUGGGAAUCCAAAUCGUCAAGGAUCUGCAUCGCACUGGCUCGAAUCUGUGCACCGGCCCCGCGGGCUCCAUAAACCAGGCCAAGCUGAAGCGCAUCCUGCUCGGCUAUGCGCGCUACAACCCCGAGGUGGGCUAUUGCCAGGGCUUCAACAUGCUGGGCGCCCUCAUACUGCAGGUGAUGGACAAGGAGGAGGAGGAGUCCAUGAAGGUCAUGAUUUAUUUGGUGGAGGGCGUGCUGCCCACGGGCUACUUCUGCGGCUCAAUGGGCGGCCUGCAGGCGGACAUGGGCGUCUUCCGGGAGCUGAUGCAGACGCGACUGCCGCGUCUGGCGAAGCACCUGCAGCGACUGCAGGGACCAGUGGAGAACGCCUUCGAGCCGCCGCUGACCAAUGUCUUCACUAUGCAGUGGUUCCUCACCAUGUUCUGCACCUGCCUGCCCAUGUCCUGCGUCCUGCGCGUCUGGGACCUGGUGCUCAUCGAGGGCAGCGAUGUCCUGCUGCGAACCGCCCUCGUCCUCUGGAGUUUGCUCGAAGAGCGUGUACUCAGUGUCCGAUCUGCGGAUGAGUUCUAUGGCAAGAUGGGAUCCUACUCCAGUGAGCUUUUAAAUGGACAUCUGGUGGACUCGAAUGGACUUAUUGAGCGUGUGGUGAAGCUAGGAGCCAUUGCGGACCUGAGGCAGCUGAGGGAUAAGCACCUCUACAACAUAGCCCCUCUGCGUAACAAGCAGGGAUUGCAGCUAUACUACGACGACGAGGACACCCAUUCGGAUGAGGAGCGCAUGGCGGUGGCCACCGUUUUUGGCUUGAAUUGGGGCAGACGUGGAUCUGUGGGUCCGGCGGCGGCGGCGACUGGCAAACAGCAAGUGGAGCAGAAGGACCGCCUGGCCUUGGACAUAUCCCUGCUGAAGAAGCAGUAUGAUCGGCUGAGGGAGCGCCAGAAGCAGGCUCAUGUCAUCCUAACCACAGCCUGCUCCACGGCGGCCCGUCAAGGAUCUGGUCCGGCGAGCAGUUCCCAGACGGCUGUGCAAGUGAAUCAAUUGCUUCUCGGGCGCCCGGCCAUCGUGACCAACAAGGGGAAACGGGUUGGAGCCCCGUUGGGCGCCAUUCCGCCCGCUCGAAAGCCCUCUCUUCCGGCAGUGCUUCACACCAAACCCGCCUCAGAAAAGCAGCUGAGAAGGGGUGAGACCCUGCUCUGGCGGGAUACCGACACCAGCCGAAGGCGACGGGACAGUCUGACCUGGAAGGAGAUCAAGGCGGAUCGGGCGGCCAUGGUGCGGGAGGGCAUUGAUGUGGGCACUGUAAAGACCCAGAAGCUGCGCACGCGUUUCGGCAAGAGCGACAGCUCCUCCUACAGCGAGGACAGCGAUGGAGAGCAGGAGGCCGGGGCAGGAGAAGGCUCUAGCACGGACACCAGCCUCUGCGACGAUGACGACCCAAAGUCCACUGAGAAAAGUCCCAAGCACAAGGCGAAGCUGGCUCGCAAGCUCAAGGAGCAGAAGCAGCUGAGCGGCUCCAGGGAUGCGAGCUUGGAGCGACAGCGACCCAAGUCCUGGGCUCCCAGCAGCCACGAGAUUCCCUUCAUGCUGAUGGGCACGGACAGUGGCGAUGAGAAGGAGCCGGCCGUCAAGGAGGAGGCGGAUCCUGUAGAUCUGGGCGAGGACAGUGCCACGGAAAGCGGACGUUUUGGCUUUGACAAGGAACUGGAUUUGGUCAGCUACAAGCUAGAGCCGCUCAAUAUGCAAAGCGCAACCGAGAUCCCAAUUAGUCCCAUUGGCACACCAAACAUGAAAAGUGAAGCCGAUGAAGACGUGCUGGAAGAGCAAAAGAGUUUCGAUGUGAGCGACAAUGGGGUUACCAAUGAGUACUUCGAAAGGGUAAAUAGUGUGGAACGACCCAAUCGUUUGGAGUUAUCCUACUCGCUGAACGAAGAAGAAACAGAUACUAGUGCAAUUUACCUGGAGGAAAGGGAGAAGGUCGAGGGUCACAGUGGAGACAGGGAGUACCAAUCGUUGCCCCCUUUCCCCACAAGAGCGGAGGACGACAGUGUACAGGUGGCUGGUAAAGUGCCUCAGAUUCGGGACGACAACAUUCCAGGUGAGAACAAGGACGACUACAAAGAGCUCCUGAGUAUGACGAUAGAGAAAAGUACAGGGUAUGUACCACCACCCCCAACAGCUGGUUUAUUAAGCAAUGCCACACGCAAGAGAAGGGAUCCGAGGCGCAAAACGCUGACUCGUUCAUCGACCAUUGAGAUCGAGGAACGCUAUCAGGCUCUAGAACGAAGGAUCAGCCAGGAUCAGCCGAAUGGUGACAGGCAGUCCAAAUACAUUCCCAGCACCGCUGCUCUGGAGGAGCGUUUCAACACCCUUGAAAAACAACUAAGUGCCGAGAAGCAGCGCAAAGAGCUAGGCGAAAUGGAUUCUGACUAUCCGAAUAAGUCCGAGCGAAUUCCCUCCACCGCCGAUCUCGAAACACGUUUCAAUUCCUUAACAAAACAAAUGAGCUCCAGUGAAUCUAGUGCCAAGGCUCCCAUUGAUCUUAAGGAUGAAGGUCCGCCAGGUGGCAGCAGAUCCAAGGAGCAAAAUGAUAGCGAGAAAACCAGCAAGCUGCAAAACUCCGAGGAUAUCGAAUCUGACACAAAGGAAACCACAGCAAGGGCCGAAACCAGCAGUAACAAGGACUCCGAUGACGAUGAAAAGGGAGCCGAGCAGCCACGCCUCAAAAAACUUCCAUCAACUGCGGAGCUGGAAGAUCGUUACAAUGCCCUCGAGCGCAAGAUGAGCGUACAGAAAAGCAGCCCAUCCAAAAGUAACAAAGAACCACCCGAUGAAGAGUCGUCCAAAGUAGCAAAAGAGCCACAAGAGUCCGAAAAGACAAGGCAGAAGUCCAAAGACAGUGAACCACCCGCUGCUGCAGAGGAUUCCCAAGAUAGUCAACAGAAAAGGCUUGAAACUAAGAUAAGUCCUGCAUCACCAAACAAAAUCCAGGAUCAGGAAAAUAGCUCUAGUAAAAUUGAGUCCCCUAAACCUAAAGAAAAGUCUGUAGGCGAAAGCUUCAAAUCAGCAGCGGAUUCCCAAAAUCCAGUAAAUUCACCAACUAGAAAUGAAAAGAUACCGAAAACUGAUGAAACCAUUACGAAAUCUGAUGCAGAACGAAGUGAGAAACCAAAAAAAGAGGAAGCUGUUAAGAAAACCGAUUUAGAUAAUGGCGAAACCAAGAAGAAUGAAAGUGAUUCCAAAAAGGUUGAAACCACAAAGUCACCUGUUUCAGAAACUAAUGAACCUGAUAAAAAGUCUGAUUCAGAAACCAAAUCAACAAGUAAAGAAUCGGAUUUGGCAAAGACGCCCAAAAAAUCUCCGCCCUCCACAGAGGAACUGGAAAAACGUUUCAAUGCCUUGGAAAAGCAAAAGAGCACUACCAAUAUGGAAACCAACAAAGAGGCUGAGCCAGCAAAGUCAUCGGCAAAAAAUCAAGCAUCAAAAGUCGAAGAAAAGGCACAAAAGUCCAUGCGAUCUUUCGAUGAAAAGAUUAAGGAAGUUAAUACCACAAUAGCUAAAGAGCAGAAGAAAGUUGUGGAGGAAGAUCAAGCGGAGAAGCCAAAAAUUAACGAGAACUUGAAGACACCCGAACAAAAAGUUGUGGAAACUGAGAUACCAGAUGAAUCGCAGCAAAAGGGCAAAAACCAGAGGAGAGCUUCCGAACCGCCAUCCACGGAGGAUCUGGAAAAGCGCUACGAAACUUUGAAACGUCGCAUGAGUAGCAAAAAUCAUUUGGGCACUCAAAGCGAAACUGUUGAUGAAGCACUCGAAAGGAUUCAACAGGAGAUGAUCUCGGAGUCAGUGGAGGAGAAGAAGCCUCCGCCGACGACAGAGGAUCUGGAGAGUCGCUUUGAGGCACUGCAUGGGGGUGAGAAGAGCACCAAGCCCAAGCACAUCGAUGUGGCCAUCGAGGCGCACAUUCCAGAGCCCCCUCCACCGCCUCCGCCACCGAAGGAGCGUGCCGUCCUGGCCGAACCCGUGCUCCACCAACAACAGGCUCUGAUCGAGGAGCUGCAGAGCAAGAUGCGCGGCCAAUCACCCGGCGAGGAGAACCUCAAGCCCAGCGAGAUAAAUCCGCAAAGGAGGCAGCGGCCACAUCAUCAUCUGCUCCAACGACCCGCGCCCAUGGGCGAUGAGACCUCGGAAGCACCUGCAAACACGGCUUACUACAGAGCGGCAAACCAUGAGGCCUGGCAGCAGCGCAUGGUGCGUCGGUUCUCUGAUUUACCCUCCCGGGCCGAUCUGGAGAACCGAUUGCAGUUCCUGGAGAGGCAACUCUACAAGAAGUUCUACAAGCAGCGCUGUGCAAGUGAUUCCGAAGUUGCAUCGAAGGUCAAGUCCCCGCCCGAUGACCAGCCCAGCACCUCCCGUCAGGCCCGAGCCUUGGAGGCCGAGGCUCAGCUGGAGCAGCGUGUCCUGGCGCUGGAAAAGCAGCUGAGCGAGAACAGUCUCAAGCUGCUGGAGGCGAUGAGGGAGCGUCAGAGGUCAGCGGCUCCCCGCAGCGAUGACAGUGGCUCACCAAGGCGACUGAGCACGGAAACGAUCGACGCCACUGGCAAGGAGCUCGUUCGAUACACCCAGAACAUUGGCGAGCUGGAGGAAGUGGACGCCAACAAGCCCAUCAACAUCAGCAUCAACAUCAAAAUGCUGCUCAACAAGGAGAGUGGUGAGCCCAAGCCGCCGAAGGGUGAGUCCAAGCCCACAACCGAAGAUCUGACGCGUCGCCUGGAGCAAUUGGAGCAGCAACUGUUGGAGGAGCGGGCCAAAAAUGGCACUAUACCUGCUGAGAAUGAACUGCCGGAGGCGAAACCAGAAAAACCAGAGGAUAGUGACACCUGCAAAAAGCAGGAGAAAAACUGCCACAAUCUCCAUGUGAAAAGCGACGAAGCUGAGAAAUUGGAAGAGCCGCUUGUCAGAAAAACUGAACCGGAGGCGGCAAAGGAAACCAAGACUCUGCAAAACGAAGAGAAAGCUCAGGCUCGAGCCAAAGAGUUGGUUACUGAAAACCUUGGCGAGGAAGAAAAAACAGUUGCUGAAGUAAAGCCAGUCAAAGAGAUAGCCAUAGUGAAACCCAAGUCUCCUAUAAAAGAAAAAUCAAAGGAUGAUACUAAAACGGAAACGGGGUCAAGUAAGGCUGAAUUCACCAAGGAAAUAUCCUCACAAAUAAAUCCUGAUUUGGAAAAAACUUCAGCCACUGAUUCCAAACCCAAGGAAGCCCCUUCCCAAGAUGUUCCCUCCAAUAAAGUGGACAAUGUCAAAAAGGAGGACUCCAAGUCCAAGGAAAAGCCAUCGCCAAAUAAACAUGAAAAUGCAAAUGUUGAAACAAUCAAAACAAAGGAAACCACUGCAGCAGCAAUCCCGACCAGUAAAGAAUCAGACAAGCAACUGCCAGAAAAAAAAGAAACUAGCAACGAUUCUUCGGCAAAAGAAAUACCCGACAAAAUGGUGAUCAAUGCCACCGAUCUUGGACCAGUGGACGCAAAUAGCAAAACUGUAGUGCUCCUCAUGGACAACGAGCCCAGAGCUUCAAAGGUGAGGCGAUUGACUAGAGCCAACACUGAGGAACUGGAAGAUCUAUUCCAGGCUCUAGAAAAGCAGCUCAAUGAUCGUAAUCUCAUCAAAUCCGAAGAUGGUCGCCUGAUACGAGCCGAUAGCAGCAAGCCAAGUGCCGAGCAAGUGGAGCAGGCUCAAGCUAUUUGUGAUCUCACCAAGGAAAUCGAGGAUUUCACUAGCGCCAAGCCGGAGGAGAAGCCGAAGCCAAAGGAGCCCGCAAAAGAGGACAAGCCAAAGGCUGAAGAGCCGGAGGACUACGACUGGGGACCCAACACUGUGAAACAUCACCUAAAACGUAGAACAGUCCACCUGCCUUCCACCAAAGAGCUGGAAUCGCGCUUCCGCUCCUUGGAACGUCAAAUCAAACUGCUGGAGGAUGUGGAAAAAAUCGAUGUCGAGCAGCGAUUGAAUGAGAUCGAACGGAAAAUAAAGCUGCAGUAUUCGCUUUCCCACGAAACGGAUUUGAACAAGUACUUGGAGCUUUGUGAGGGCAAGGGUCUGGAUGACGAUGAGGCAUUGCCUUUGGAAACCCCCACAAAAGCGGAGGAAACUGCAACGGUCAGAGAUCGUUCGCGCAGUCCUGGACGCAAGGUGGCCAGUAAAUCCCCGUAUACAUCUCCUUCUCGCAAUGCUGCCUCUAAAUCUCCCUACACAUCUCCUUCCCGGAAGGCUGCUACUAAAUCUCCUUACACCUCUCCUUCGCGAAAGUCAGCCAAGUCGCCUUACACUUCGCCCUCCAGACAUCGACAGAGAUCACCUUCUCCAACGCGCUCACCCAAAAGAAAGCCCAAGAGGAGUCCCUACACCUCUCCACUUCGUCGCAAGCCGCAUCCCAACGACCUUCCAAUCUCCGAUGACCUGGAGUACAAAUAUCGGGUACUGGAUUUGGUAAGAUCCAAGUCCAAGGAAAACUUGGCCAAGCGAAUGAACGACCCCAACAGGAAGCCGGCCAUUCAUCCUCUCGAAAUGAUACUUAGCCCCAGUCCGGAUGACAGUGCAAUACCCACAACAGGAGAACUGGAGCACAGGAUACGAGUACUCGAUGGCAAGCUCAAGUCGCCGGCCAAAACCCGACCCAAGUCUCGCUCCCGAUCGCCCACCAUCGAUGAUAUAAAGCGCCAGAAGAUGCGCGAUGAGCAAAAGCCCAGGACACCGGUGCAUAAUCUGGAGAGAAUAGUCAGUUCUCCUGGCAGACCAGAACCACCCACUGCCGAGGAGCUCGAGGAGCGCAUACGCAUCCUGGAGCAGGAACACAAGUUCGACUUCAAGACCCAGAAGGACUACAAGGCAUUCAAUCAAAAGCUCAAGGACGUCAUCUCACCCUCGAUCUCCUUCGAGGAAUUCCGGGCCGCCAAGUCACGGGAGCAAAGUCCCCGCCGCCAAGGAGCCACUACGCCCAAGUCUGCCCUACGUCGUGACGAUUUCGAUGAGGGGUACUCGGGCAGCACCACCCACUACCGCCCCACCAGCCCCAAGGUGAUUCGGUUCCGGGACGAGGACGAAGAUGAGGACCAGUUCAAGGAGGCGCCCAGGUCGAAGUCGCGCCACAACAGCGAUCGAAUGGUGGGCAGAACUAAUGAGGUUUUGGACUAUCAACCAUCGGCCACGCGCAGCUACGCCAGCAGCUCGGAGGGUCUGGACGCCUUGGGUAGUCGCCUCAUGAGGGAGACCUCCCCGAUUACCCGAACUGGGACCCACACGGGCGUACCGCUGCGAACGGGGGAGAACAUCAACGACCGCCUGAGCUCCAUCAAGAACUCGAUCAAAUCGAUCGACAGCCUGUGCGAGGAGAAGCCCUACCAGAAGGAGAAGUGCCAGCGGUACAUCGACUCGCUCUUCUCGGACUCGCUGCACUUCGCCAGCAAGAAGAGCUCCAUGGAGGAUCUCAGCCUGAGCAGGAGUCUGAGUCGCAGCGAGAGCAGGGGAAGAAGUAUUCACCGAUCCGGGGACUAUGCUCCCUCCAUUAGGAUCACCUCCGAGCAUCGGUCCUUGGGGUCGGCAGAGUCGCGAAGGAGUCCGUUGGGCACUAGGGAUAGGGAUACGAGUCCCCUGCACCACCGAUCGCACAGGGAGGUGAGCAGGGAGCUGUCCCCGCAGCGGAGGAGGCGUCUGGAGGAGGAGGACGAGGAGCGUAAGGAUCGGGAGAGCAGUAGGGUAAGACGUGAUAACUUGUUGCCAAAUUAUUUUGCUGAUAAUCGUAGCGAACUAAGUAGCGGGAGUAGUUUAACCGGGUUUAACCACAAAGUAGAUAGACAACUAGAAGAGACGUGCGCCAAGUACGCGGACGAUGCCCGACGCUCGGCCUGUCGCACACCGCUGAGCCACCCGUACGAGUCCCGCACCACAGCCACACACCUCCACCACACAGAUCCAGUCCAGAUCCGAGCCGCCGCCACGGGAUCGGGAUCGGGCUCGGGCACCAGUGCAGUCGAUAGUUUCCCCCGGCCCGUGUCGCCCUACCGCCAGCCGUACGAUCCCCACCACCACAGAUCCCCAGGUGGUGCCGGCGGCACACCCCUCUACCAGCCCGGCAAGCUGGAGAUCCGCCACACCACCGUGACCUCGACCUUCUACGAUCGGUUCCUCACCGAGAAGCAGAUCGAGCGGCAGACUCACUCCCGUCCGCCCAGCCGCUCGCCAGUGGUUUCGCCCUCGGUGCCAGCCAAGAGCUACGGGGACUUGGGCACCACCACUCCAGCCACAUCCAGCACCACCGCUUCGAGCACCUCCUCAUUCAUGUCCAGCAGCUAUGCGGGCCCCUCCUUUUCGCUGCCCUCGGGCAGCAACUACUCCUAUCUGGGCACCUCCUCCAUUACGCCCAGGGCCAGUUGCUCAGACCUUCGCUCCACAACCAUAGUCACAGGCACCGCCACAUCCAUAACCCCCACCACCAGCACCACUUCUUCUUACGUGCCGUACAACUUCAGCAGCUCCUUCACCUCUCGCUUCAGCGAACCCACUACCACUUGCUCGGCGAGCGUAGUGAGUACCAGUUCCCUCACCCAUUCCACCGGGGUCUACAAUCCCAUGAUGUCGUUCACUCUGAGGGAACCACUUAGCGGCAGUUCCCUGGGUGGUUCAAGUGCCUCCCCCCUGCUUCCCUUUCAGUUUAACAGAACUUUCACCUCCAACUUCGACAAGGAGCAGAACAAACAAUAGACAUGUACCGGAAAUCACAUCAAUCGUUAACCGAAGGUUGUCCAUACACAUUUAAAGCCCCCGUAUAAAAUUUACUCGAUACAGAACUCGAACGAAUUAAGCUCAAAACUUUUUAUACUGAGAGAAAAAUCAGUCUAAAAACAAUACUAUUUUUAAAACAUAUAUUUUAGCCAGAAUAUAACUAGAAUUUAACCUAAUUCUCUUUUCAACCUUUAAGUUCAGUAAUUCUUAAAAAUACGAAAUAAAUAAUUAUUAAAUGUUACUGCUUUCUUUCUUGACUUCUACUGUAUUAUUUAAAAAUGUUUUCCUGGUUUUAGAUCGAUUUUUAUCUCAGUAAACUUAACUCUCGCUAAGCAAUAUAAAUAUAGUAAAUAUUAUAAACAGUUUUAGGCAAAAAUAAACAAACCCAACUACAUAUAUAUCUCUAUAAAUAUAUACAAACCUUGCAAAUCGGAUAUUUACUCUUCAAGCAACUCUUGCACCAAACCAUUUUGGCUUCUUGCAACUUACCUCAUCUACAUUGACAGCACCAGAAACUCAAUUGAUCAUAACAUAGCAAAAGAUUUUUAUACAAUAUAUAUAUAUCUACAUAUAAACAAAGAGUAUAUCAAUCGAAACUGUAACCAAAUGUGAAGAGGGCAAAAUAUUAUUCGAUCCAUUUUCAGCGUUAACCAAAGUUUAGCUCUAAUUCCUUUAGCCACAACACUCAAUUAAACUUCAACUUUUCCUUAAUAUUAACUAAACAAUUUACACAGUUUACACACUUGCCAACAAAUAUCCAGAAAAAUACACUCACUUUAAAACGGUGUUAAACUCUCAGUGCAUUUGUGGGCCGAGUUAGUCGAGGAUGCUAAAGCAUCGAAUUACGUUUACUGACUGAAUCGAGCCGUAAAAUUAGUUUACCAACAUUGUUAGAUAUACACGCAGCCAUAUAUGUACCUAUACCAAUUGAACUAUAUAUAUUGUAUUUAAUUACGUACCGAUUGCAGUUGUUGAAUUUCAAUUACGGAAAAGACACGAUAACGAUUAUGAAUAAGCAAGUAAACUUGAAUGCAAAUGGCUAUAAAAACAAAUAUCAAUCGCGACAGCGGAGCCGAAAGUUAAUCAAAACGAUUAGGAAAAUUUUAUGACA